AUGGAUUCAAAAUACCGCCCAGUUCCUGAUGAUGAAGAGCAACAAACACAUGAGAAGAAUGCUCUUCUAUCACCUCUACCAAUCUACACCAAUAUUUCACCAUACAUUUCACAAUCCAGCGCACAUCCAAUUUUGAUCUGGAUAUGUCAUGGUGUUUUACUAUCUUUCUCUCUGGCAUUCUUCGCCCUUUCAUUGCUACUUCGCGCCAGUCCUUUACAAAAUGGCGUUUGCAAUCAACCAAGCUUUCCUUACUCUCCUGCAGAAAGCGUCGCAGACUUCCAUACAGUUCGCUACAACAUUACUCCAGCCCUCGAGAUGUCCGAGUUUGUCGGAUACGGCCCCGAAGUUGAUAAAGCCUGGAAUCAUGUUACAUACGAUGUUGGCGAUCAGAUGAUCUCUCGAGCGGAGCUUGACAAACUGGGUCUUGACCCCAAGUCUCUCAAGGUCAAGGAUCCCAAGACAGGGCAUACAGGCUACCGUGUUGGUAUCCAAGUAUUCCAUCAACUCCACUGUCUGAACUUGCUUCGACAAGAAACCUACAGGGAUUAUUACUCUCAAAUGGGCGGCGAUAUUGAGGUUGAGCCAGAGGAUUUGAGAGGACAUCUCGAUCACUGUAUUGAGAUUUUGCGAAAUAAUAUAAUGUGCCAGAGCGAUACUGGUGUUUUCGCAUUCAAGUAUUACGAUGGUUAUGAUGGCCACUGGCCUGACUUCAGCACGUUGCAUACAUGUCGCAACUUUGAUGCUAUUCGAGACUGGGCAUUUGAGCAUGCGGUUGUUUUUGGAGACGAGGACUGA